GUCGUUCAUUCGUACGCCUGCUACCUGAAAGAAGACUUCUCCCAACAAGAGAACAAAAGGGUUUUCCAUGAAAUGCGUUUCAUGGGAUACCAAGGGAAUAAAUACUGGAUUAUUUCCAAUGAUGUGCAUAUUGAGAAUGGUAAAGUGUUAGAUCCAAUUGAUCAUAAGUAUCUAAUAUUGGACAAGUCUUUAAAAAACCACCAAUUGCAAAUUAACGAAAGCUUACUGAACGAUUACGCAAAGUUGAAUCGUUCUGUUGCAAGGUUCAUACUACUUUUGCAAUGCUUGGGCCCUAAUAUGGACUCAUUUUUGCUGGCAACAGCAUUCACUGUGGCUCGGUUGCUGAGGAAUGCUCUCAAUCCUGAAGAUGUUUGGAGAGAGAGUUCUAUUGGCAUGAUAUUCUCCGAAGAAAGGAGCAUAGGGAAAUCGGAGAGUCUAAAUCUCCUUGCUCGGGGUGUUGGAAUUCCCAAUGGAUCGCACGUAAUGUUACUAAGUGGUGGAGACUCCCAGACAUGUGGGACAUCUACAAAGAAAAUGCAAGAGAUAGCAUCGAGAACGACUGGGGUUAUAAUGAUUGAUGACCCUAAACCCAAUGUUAACUUCAGCGAGUUUCUGCUGCAAGCACAAGGGCGACUGAUGUCUGGAUUAAAUAAGGUGGGGAUGACAUCCAUCAAGGCCGCCACGUUAAUAUCGACGAAUUCUCCCGAAGUUUUCCGAUUAGUAGGGAGAGUUAUUAGGUUUAAUUACGUGAGCUGGAACGAGGAACGGAAUGAACAAGCCAAGUUUGACGACAAGCAACUGAAGGUUAUGCAAGAGUUCAUGCAAGAAAACAAGGGUAUUUUGCUUGUCUGGGCAAUUAAAUACCUGGAGUUAUGCUGA